AAAGGAAAGAGCAGCAGCGUUGCAGCGACGAGCACAAAAAGAAAAAGGAAAUUCCUCUCAACAUCACCAGACCACGACCUCCCUGCCGAGCUCCCUCCCUCUCCGUUGGUGAUGGCAUCUCAGAGCUCCAAGACCGCGGACACCGCCGCGCCUCCGCCGGAGGUUGCAGCCACCGGAGAGGCGGCUCCGGGCGCGGCUUCUUCAACACCGGCACAAAACCCUAACGCUGCUGCAACCGCAGUGGCCGGGGCCACGGAUCUAGAGAAGAAGAUGCGCCGCGCGGAGCGGUUUGGGAUGCCAGUACUGAUGUCAGAGGAGGAAAAGCGCAGCAGUCGCGCCGAGAGAUUUGGGACUGGCUCUUCAAGUGUAAAGGAGGAAGAGAAGAAGAAGUCCAGGGCUGAGAGGUUUGGCCUUGCCUCGCCCUCUUCUUCAGAUGAGGAAGCUAAGAAAAAGGCCCGUUUGGAACGAUUUGGUCAGAGCGCAAAUGUCGACAAGGCGGAAGAAGAAAAAAGAAAGGCCCGAGCUGCCCGAUUUGCAGAAGCGUCUGGUGGAUCAGCAGCUCGGGAAAACGGCAAAGACAGCUCGAAGCCGGACGCAGCCGCUGUUACCGGCACAGCUUGAUUUGAGCACUCUGCCUUGGACGAGGUCUCAGAAAUAUUAUCUCCUAGGAGACUUUGGUGAAGCCAUAGCUUUUGUACACCACUAACCGCAUGGACGGGGGCGUCCUGUGUUUCCCAGUCAUGUUCAGUGAUGUUUACCGCGUAUGACUUUAUUAGUUGCUGGGCACACUGGCAGUGUAGCUAGAUUUGCUGUCUGGUUUGUGGAUGGUCAUGUACCUUCGGUUGCCCUCUAUUUGGUGACGAUGAUUUCGUUUCCAUGUACCCCCAGUUGGACUACUUUAUAACUGUUAGAAGACACAAGGUCGCCCUCGUGUUUGUACCCCGUGUUUUUGUUGCUAGAAUGCUACGCGACAGGGUGUUUAAACCCAUAAUCACGGAGCAUUGCAUAACAGAUAACCGU